AUGGCCACUCGAAACAAGAGGAAAGCGGAAGAAGCCAUUGCGGAACUGAACGAAAGGACCGGCCGCCUCGCCAUAUAUCUCGAGCUCGAUCUAAGUAGCCUUUCUUCUGUCAAGAGGGCUGCAGAGGAGUUCAUGAGCCGUCCCAUUGACAGCAAGGAGAAGAAACUGCACAUUCUGUUCAACAAUGCAGGUGUGAUGUGGUCUCCUCGAGAGAUGCUCACAGCAGAAGGCUACGACAUGCAGUUCGGCACGAACGUGCUCGGCCGGUUGCUCACCGCCUCCUCUCAUGCGUGCCCGGCGUUUGAAGGCCACUUCUACCUCACUGCGCUCCUGAUGCCUGCGCUGCUCGCUGGAAGGGACUCUUCACCCGACGGAUACGUGCGCGUCAUCACGACGUCAUCCUCCGCCGCAUACAGAUACACGCUGAACUGGGACUCCUUCAAGGCGGGGGCGGCGCGCAGGAAGAUGUCCCCCCGAACGCUCUAUUGCCAGAGCAAAUUCGCGGAUGUGGUGUUCGCGCGCCAGUUAGCGAAGCGCUACGGCGAAAAGGGCAUUGUGUCUAUAUCAUGCAACCCUGGUCAGCACGUCGUUACGCAGAACCUCAUCGCCCAUCCUGCGUCGAAGGGCGCGCUCACACAGUUGUGGGCUGGCACGAUGCCCGAGACCGUGCAGUACAACGGCGAGUUUUUGAUCCCUUGGGCACGAGUUGGCAGGUGCAGAAGGGAGGCAUACGACAAUGCGUUGGGCGAGAGGCUCUGGGCAUGGCUCGAAGAGCAGGUAGAAGGCCGCAGGGGAUAG